CAGCAGCAUUUGAACGCAGCACAGCGACACAGACUGAAUAAAUAAAAGCUGUCGACAGAAAGAAGCGAUGAGAGGAAAACUCUGUUUUAUUCCGAGACUUUUGAUUUAAACUCCUGCAUCAUGUGAACCUUUAACGUCUCAUGCUGCUGCUGUUGUUAGUAUGACGAACAAAACAAAGCAGAAGUUUUGGAAAAGACUCAAAUCUGAAACCACGUCAACUCCUCAAGACCCGGAGGAGUCUCUGCGUGGGCACAAAGACACGCAGAAACACCUUUAAUACCAGGCUUUCUGUCAGAAUGGACUCAGACGUCUUCUCCGCUCAGCACUCGGACUCCUUGAGUUCCUCCACCGUUCCUGCUGAUGGAGACUUGGAGGUUAACGGCAAACAGCCUGCAGCAGCUCUGCCUGGUCCAGAGGUGGAGGAUGUGGACUCCUACAAUCUGAUUGAGCCUCCUCCUUUAGACUGGAGGUCUGACUCCUCCAGUGAGGCCGGAUCAGAGGAAGACCUGGAUGAGUCCAGCUUCCCUCCUUCUGCUGACAGUCUGGACCAGACCAGUCCAGCUGAGCCAGGAUUACUGAGUGACUCUGUGGCUCCGUUCGACAUGAACCAGCAGGAGCUGGUGGCAAGUGUUGCAGAGGAUGAAGAGGAAGAGGAAGAGGAAGAGGAAGAGGAAGAGGUGGGGGCUGGUGAAGAAUACCAGCAGGACAAUAGGAUGAGUGAAGACCAGGUGGAGGUUUCUAACAGGCUGUCAGGUGAUGAAGACCACAGCCGCAUCCACAGCCUGCUCAGCCAGCUGCAGCUGCUGGGGGAGGAGCCUCAAACACCCCCUCACCUGGCCCAGGAGCCUCAAACACCCCCUCACCUGGUGGGGGAAGAGCCUCAAACACCCUCCCACCUGGCCCAGGAGCCUCAAACACCCCCCCACCUGGCCCAGCACCAGCUGCUGGGGGAAGAGCCUCAAACACCACCUCACCUGGCCCAGCAGCACCAGUACCAGCACCACCAGUACCAGCAGCAGCACCAGUACUCCACCCGGUCCGAGCUGGAGGCCUGCGGCCCCUCCCUCAUCACAGACCGCAGCACUGAGAGCACCGGGCUGCUGUUCUCUGAGAGCCACCAGAGAGACCUGCUGGGGCUGCUGCACUUCACAGAGAUCAGCGCCGGCUCUCCCAGUUCUCCCAGUCCCCCCAGUCUGCCCCAGAGAGGAGACGUGGACGCGGUGGUGUCGGUGUCCUACAGCCAGCAGGACGCUCAGAGGUUCUGGGGACGUUAUGGGAACGGUCAGCAGCAGAGACACAGAGAGGACUCCGACGCCUCGCUGCCUGAUGACGAGUAUCCUGAGCCGGUGUGGAUGAAGAGGGGGGAGGAGCCUCCGGAGGAAGAGGAGGCUGCUGCAGAGAGCCAGCAGGAUCCGGAUCGUCCUGCAUACAAAGACGUGCCUGGUCCAUGUGACCCUGAAGACCUGCUGGAUGGAGUGAUCUUUGGAGCCAAGUACCUGGGCUCCACGCAGAUCAAAUCAGAGAAGAACCCGUCUACAAACGCCCGCAUGACGCAGGCUCAGGAGGCCGUGGACCGUAUUAAGGCUCCAGAGGGAGAGUCUCAGCCAAUGACGGAGGUGGAUCUGUUCAUCUCCACCCAGCGAAUCAAAGUUCUCACUGCUGACACACAGGAAGCCAUGAUGGACCACGCCCUGCAGAUGAUCUCGUACAUCGCAGACAUCGGGGACAUCGUGGUCCUGAUGGCCCGGAGGAAGCGUAAAGGCCAGGACAGCGAUCCGGCCUCCAGCUCUCCCUCUCCAUCGUCCUCCGGGCCUCAGAAGAAAUGUUUAAUGAUCUGCCACGUCUUCUCCUCCGACGAUGCUCAGGUCAUAGCUCAGGCUAUCGGCCAGGCCUUCGGAGUGGCCUACCAGCAGUUCCUGCAGGCCAGCGGCAUCCAGGCCAGCGACCUGAGGCCUGGAGAGUACAGCGACUACCUGGAGAGUCAGGAGCUCUAUAACGGAGACCUGGCCCACUUCUCUGACUCGCAGAACAUCCGAGACGUGGCCAUCACCAAGGCAGCAGGAGAGAUCUUGGGCCUGGCGGUGGUGGAGUCUGGGUGGGGCUCCAUCCUGCCCACGGUGGUGGUGGCCAACCUCCUCCAUGGAGGUCCUGCUGAGCGCUGCGGGGAGCUGAGCAUCGGGGACCGCAUCAUGUCCGUCAACAGCACCAGCCUGGUGGGGCUGCCCAUCACCACCUGCCAGAACAUCAUCCGGGAUUUAAAAAACCAAAAGUAUGUGAAGCUCAGCAUUGUCCACUGUCCGCCUGUUACCAUGGCGAUCAUCAGGAGGCCAGACCCCAAGUUCCAGCUGGGCUUCAGCGUGGAGGACGGCAUUAUCUGCAGUCUGAUGCGUGGCGGUAUAGCAGAGAGAGGAGGUAUUCGUGUCGGGCAUCGCAUCAUUGAAAUCAACGGGCAAAGUGUCGUCGCCACGCCACACGACAAGAUCAUCCAGAUUCUGACCAACGCUGUCGGAGAGAUUCACUUGAAGACCAUGCCAGCCUCAACAUAUCGUCUGUUAACAGGACAAGAGCAGCCAGUGUUUCUUUAAGGACUUCCUGCUGCAUCAAGGACAAAAAUCCUGAACAGUGUUCAAGCUUCAUGAACUUUUGCCAAACUAAGAAAAUAUUAUGCAAUUGAUCUUACAGCAUAUUCGCUGUUGUCACACCACUGAGUACAACAAAUUAGUCUAGCUAUAUAUUUCUAAGAUGUAAUGAACAUUGAGGUAUUGUGAAAGCACAUUUUAAAGUGACAGGGAUAGAUAGUAGCUCUUCAUUUAUAUUUAUCUGGUAUUUAACAAAGCAGGCAGUAGCUGAGAUGCAAUAAACAGAAUAUAUUUUGACUUCACUAACUUCUACAAGGUGGUGAACGGUGUUGAUUUUACUGGACUUUAGAGUUUCUGGUCUUCCAACCUGAUGUGUUGCCAGUGUGCCUGAGCUGAAAGUGCUUGUAGGGGAAACCUUAUUGAAUCAGGACAAAGAGUCUGCGUAUUUCAUCAUGAUGUAUUUCCAGUCCCUCACGUAUUUCAACAUAGUGCAUAUCAACAAGUGUCUUCACAGUGCUCUGGUUCAUUCACACAAUGCCUCCCUGAUGAAGCAGAUAUCAUGCACAAUUGAAGCUAACUGCCUUACUUCAUCAAGAGAUGCAUAUAUUUUUAAGAGUUUUGGAUGUUCAUUAAAAUGCUAUGUAAAAUAUCUUCUUGUUAUUUAUUUAGAGUCAGUGUUGGCUGAAUAAGUUUCACAUGCAAAGUUUCUUUUUCUUUUUUUUAAAACAGUUUACAUGUCUAUGUACAUGCAAGGAAGAGCUACUGUAUAUUUAAAUGUCGACACCUCUAUAAAUAUGUUGUCUUUGCAAUAAAUAUA